CAUUUCUACCAAGCCAUCACUCGCUAGUUCGCAACAGCACCAAUAUGUUCACCAAAUUCGUUGUCUUGGUCUGCCUUCUCGUUGGUGCUAAGGCUCGGCCUCAGCUCGGCGCUCUCACAUUCAAUUCUGAUGGCACUUCUGGGGCGGCCGUCAAAGUUCCAUUUGGCGGCAACAAGAAUAAUAUAUUUAGUGCUAUCGGUGGGGCUGAUUUUAACGCCAAUCACAAACUGAGUUCUGCGACUGCUGGAGUAGCACUUGAUAAUAUCCGAGGUCACGGACUCAGUUUGACUGAUACCCACAUCCCCGGCUUUGGAGACAAGUUGACGGCGGCCGGAAAGUUGAACCUCUUCCACAACAACAACCAUGAUCUGACCGCCAACGCUUUCGCCACCAGGAACAUGCCGAACAUUCCUCAGGUUCCUAACUUCAACACCGUUGGUGGCGGACUGGACUACAUGUUCAAGAACAAGGUGGGUGCUUCAUUAGGCGCCGCGCACACUGACUUCAUCAACCGCAACGACUACUCUGUGGGCGGCAAGUUGAACCUGUUCCGCAACCCAAGCACCUCGCUCGACUUCAACGCCGGCUUUAAGAAGUUCGACACGCCCUUCAUGAGGUCCGGCUGGGAACCCAACAUGGGCUUCUCCCUCUCCAAGUUCUUCUAAUCAUUUUAGUAUAUCUCUCAGUAUUAUUAUUUGUCUUUUUUUAUUAAUGUAAUCCGCCUUUUGUACCGAAUAAAUAUGUUUUUAUAUUA